AUGGCCUACAAAAUCCACUGUGUGUCUGCAUUAUGCGUAGUCAUAUCUAGUGCUGUGACGAGCCUUUCGUGUUCCUCUACGUUCGAUGCUGCCAGUAUGCUAUUAUUUGUUCCCUCGAUUGGAGCAAAAGUCGUAACACUUCCAUUUUUCAUUGUUGUAGCCUUGGAUCCAUUAGGACUUUUAUACCGUCGUCCGGGAGACAAUCUCACGGUGACCUGCGUAGCAAACUUCUCUCACUCAAAGUUUUUGGAUCCCCAACGAUAUGGCCCAGAAGACUUGGUGUUCACGCGCUUUCAGCAAAGUUUAGAAAGUGGGCAUUUGCCGUCACACGUACUCAACGAUUCAUCCAUUCAGACUGUACUGCCUAAUUUAACGUGGAGUGAUGCUGCCCGUUAUGUGUGUAAGCUCAAAAGUCAUGAUGGCAAAACCAAAUCGCUAUGUUCAUCGCAGCUUUUCAUUGGCCUGGAUCCUCAGCCUUUGUUGGAGUUUCGGUGUAUCUCCAUGGGUCUAGAAACGUUAGCGUGUUCCUGGGUUGUGCCACCCUUGGUGAUCUAUAACACAGUUUACGAAGUCGGUUAUCGCAUUUACAACGACUCUCGAGCGAUAUACUAUGGAUGUGAAAAGAUGACGAGGUCCGUGUUGUCAGGACCUAACCGAUUCAAUUGCACGUUCAACGCGUCAAAAUGCAUCUUCAACAGCGAAACCCUGUAUUUCUUCAUAGAGGCGUCGAGUCCGUUGAACGAAACUUUCACUCAGUUACCAGUUGUAGAGUUUCACAACUUCAGAAACGUCCGUCCCCAUCCCCCGGAAAAGUUACGCGUUUUGGAAAUUGGUCAACGCAAUGCUUCGAUUUUGUGGGAAAUCAAAGACAAGCUCAUCAAUCUGAUGGACGCCAAUGGCUUGUUUCACGAGAUAAGUCUCACUUCGGACUUCGAGGAAGACUGGGAUUUCGAACGAGUCGAGACGACAUUGGAGAACUUGAAGGGCCUGAGUGUGGUGCACACGCUUACCAACUUGAGUCAUCCAUUCGCCAAGUACAAAGUGAAGGUGCGGUCAGUGUGUGGCCUAGCCGAGGCCGAGGAUUUGUGGUCCGGCUAUUCCGACGAAAUGGAGUUCACGACGCUGCCAGAUGUGCCCGGAGAGGCGCCGGUGGUGCCCGAAGGUGCUUACUACUUUGACAAAGACGACGGUGCUUCGACAAUCUACUGGGAAAAGGUGUCCAUGUCCCAGUGGAAUGGCCCGAAUUUCACCUACGUCGUCGAUUUUAGUGACGGUAUGACUCAAAAACGGAUCGAGACGAGCGGGGAUAGUUUCGUGGCGAAGCUCGGAGGGUCUUCAUACUCACGCGCCCUAAACUUUUCCGUCUCGGCCAAAAACAGCGUCGGAAUGUUGCGAGGACCAGUUGUGCACGUACCGGUUUGGCGCCACGGUCACGUGAAGGUGAAGGUGGAGAAAUCGAAACCUGGGUCUUACCGCCUUUCUUGGACCCCCUUGGACUUUAUGGAGCCUGUCCACAAAUACACGAUAUUCUACUGCGAGAAGAAGCCUGCUGACGAGCACAACCAGAAGUGCAAAACGCAGCCACAGAGGAAAACCGUGAAUGGAUCUGUGACGUCGGACACUAUCACCUUAUCUGAAGACCAGUUCUACUUAUUCAGCCUCAAUAGUCACUCGGCAUCAGGCUCGAGUCCACUGGUGUGGUUCACUAUCAAUGGCGAGGAGGCGGAUAGUGGAGGUUCGCCGACUGUGUGGAUCGUAGUGGGGUCAGUGCUGCUCAUGGCUUCGCUGGUUACCUCCAUUCCAGGACUCAAUUGGGCAAUGAGGAAAUACAAGGUGAUAACGUCUGUAAAGAUCAACGUGCCGACGAUCAGCGAAGAAGGAGGAGGAAGUCCGGGCAAUGACUUGUGGCCUGACAAGCACGUGCCGUUUUCGAGCGACGGACCCCCGUUGCCAACAUUGGUGCUUGCUGGUGGCCGGAAGCCGAGCGGCGGAUUUGUUCCUCCGGAUUUCUUCAAAUCAGACAUGCAUGCGUAUGCGUUUAUUGACUCUCCGGGAAAAGAACCCGACGCCUUGUUUAAUGGGGAAGCCAAAGACGGAGACGACACGUUGGAUGUGACAGACUUGACACUCUCAGAAGACGCCGAGUCGAUGAUGUCUGAAACGAAUGUCACUCCAGUGACGCCAGGCUAUGUGGAAGUGGGCAUCGAUAAAGACGCGGGUCAGCGAGAAAAGCAUCGUCUGCAGUACGUCGUCGUUGUCGACGACCGGAUAGAGAAAUCAGGCGUCCGACACGAAGAAGAGGAGGAAGUUGACGGUGGCAGUGAUGCGAGAAGUAGACACCGGGCGCCGUCAGAGUCCGAGUCUGGUUACUCGGGAGAUGACGCGGGAAAAGAUUCGCCUCCGCCGACGACGACGGCAAUAGAAUUGGGCUACGUGACGACGGCUGCGUUGGGGAGAUGCGCGGUGUCCGUGAAGAACGUCUUGGGGAUCGUGGCGGCGACGGAUCUCGGCUGCCAUUCGGUGAUGGUGUGCGAUCUCAACACCCCUUGGGACAUGCACGAGGUGGCCCGACUUCCGUGCUACGGCGUGUUGCUCGCUUGGAGUCCAUGUGGCACGUGGCUGUCCUGCGCCGACGCCUGGGGCCACGUGCGGGUCUGGGGACGUCGGGACCAUUCCCUCAACUCUUGGCAGGAGCUGCACUGCGUCAAUUACGUGCAGGAGGCCGUCGUGGCCCUGGGCUGGCUCCACAAUGGCCGCAAGCUCGUGACGUCGCUGGAGCAGCUGCAACACCAGUCCUCGUCGUGGAACAGUCGGUCGUAUCAGGAGAAGUUUGUGAGCCAGGGUCUGGGGCCGACGUUGCGGCAGAGUGGCGGAUGUCACUUGGACGGCGCCAUGUUCAUCACUUCGGCGGGCCGUGUGGUGACGCUCACGCUCCCUCUGGACCUGGUACAGGGCGAGGUGCUGUCUGAGUCGCUGCAUCCCGCGCCGGCUGCUGCUCUCACUGACAAGCUUGUCGACUGGACGUGUCUCAGGAAUGGCGGCUUUCUCGUGGCGACGGCAAGUCCUUUCGGCGACUCUGUGGACCUGCGUGUGGUGCGCUACACGUCAACACGUGGGGACAUGCGGCAGUCGUGCGAGUUCGCGGGGCGGUGUCGAGUGGUGCCGUCGUCGUCGUCUUCAUCAUCACCAUCAUCGGAUGGCGGCAGUGUCCGUCGAGGCGUCGCGUGCUUGCGGUUUCUCGGCCGCGAAGACGCCCGAACGCUGCUGGUGCAAAUCAGUUCGGAAUCUAGUAGUAAAAGCAGCAGCAGCAACGAUGUCGACGACGACGAAGUUUUGUCGUUGGAGCUGGACUUGCGUUACGGCAGCGGGCCCGGGUCGGCUGUGGGCCUCUGCCCGCCGUCUCUGGCCCGGCUUUUCGUGCAGGGCCACCACCACCACGGGGCAGCCGGGCGGGGUAGUCGGAAGCGACGACGCAGCGAGACGGAUCCGUUGUUUGGAGACGACUUGGUCGCCGAGCUGGACUUGGACAAUGACGACGACCGCGGCGGCAUCGGCGUGGACGAGGAAGACGACUUUGAUUUCGACGACGACGAUGACGAAGAGGACGAUGACGAGGACGACGGAGACGGUGGUCAGGGCGACGAGCUGGAACGAGAGGAGCAGAUCGUCGGCGGCGACGGAGACCAGGACAGUAAGACUGGGUUCAAGAAGGCGACGAGGAAGAACAACAACAACAACAACCGUCGACGGCGACGGCGUCGCCUCAUGGGACUGGGUCUGUUUCGAAGUCGAGCUAGAGGUCGUGGCGGUCGGUGUUCUCGCGGCGGACGCGGAGUCGCCGGAACGGAUGAAGUGAGCGUCACGGGGUCUGUCGGGGGUCGUUGGAGCCCCGGCGGUCGAGUGGCGGUGUUGCGGGCGCCGGAGUCUGUCCUCGAUAAGCACCCCACUCGUCCGCAGGCUUUUGUUCUCGCCUUUGUCGCCGGCGUGAAUUGCAGCAGGAUUUGCUGUGCCGUCGGAGAAGUGGUGGACAUGUGCCUGACAGCGACAGGGUCUUGCGCCGUGGCCCUGGACUCACUGGGCGGCGGCCUGGUCUGCUUGCGCCUGUCGCCCCUGUCCGACCCCGGCGGGCCAGCAUCCGUGUCUUGGUGUUCCGCUCUCCUCGAAUACUGCAUCGUUUCCGGCUGGGACUCGUGGGACGUGGUCAUUGGCCUCUGUCGCCCGUCGCUGGCCGAAGCAGUGCUCGAACGUCUCGUCGACUCGUUCGCCCGCCAACCGCCAGUCUACCAAAACGCGUUCCGUCUCCGGUUCCUCGGAGUGCGUCUCACGCUGGAGCGAGUGCUGGCUGCCAAUUCCGUGGGUGCGAGUUCCACGCUGUUGCACGGGUCCAGGGCCGUGGCCUGUGCCCUGCACACGAUGCUCACGUGUGUGGCGGCCCAGUUUCGGUCCGUGUUGCGGUCGUCGGACGUGCUGGCCACGGACAAGGGCCCGGCCGAGUUGUUGGAGGCCAAGAUCGUGCAGACCCCGCUGCAGCCGGACAUUCUCAACGUGUGCAUGCAGGUGGAGCCCAAGCACUUUUGCGUGGAGGCUGGCACGUUGCAGAGUCUGCAUCAGUUGAUUCAGUGGGUGUGUGACACGUGCCUCUGGCUGGUGGCCUCGUUUGCACACCAGCAGCAGCAGAUGAUGGCUGGCAAAGGUGGAUCGGCUGCGUCCGGGACCGGGUCCAAGUGUCCAGCGAUGGAGAUCCUGAGUGAUAGUCGAGCCGUGUGCACCUUGAGAGAGCUGCUGGUCAUGAUCAGGCUGUGGGGUUGUGCUAGGCCACAGUGUCUUCCGGUCGUCGUCAAGGCCGUCGAGUCCCUGGACGUCAUAGUGCUGCUCUACCGCAUCCUGACGCGAAUCCUGCUGCAUCAGUCGAUCGACGCCACGGCCGACGAGUCUCUAGUUGAGGAAUGCAUGAAUCUCAGCUGUCGGACGCUUGUACCCCCGAUUCACCUGGACUUGUCUGCCGAAGGUGUCAUCAAGGAUCCCUUUUCAUUCCACGCUAUGAAACGAGGGCAGACGCCGCGGUCGCUCGUGCAGGACGCCUGCGGUGGCGGCAGCAGCAGCAGCAGCGGCGGCGGCGCGGGCGGGGGCAACAACAGGACAUCGGGUUCCUCGUGGACGGACCAACAGCACGGCUCCCAGCUGCAGCGAACCCAGAACCAACAACGCACGGGUUCCAUCCGAGACAUUGUCCGUCACCAGUACCUGGGCCGGAAUCCGGACACGUUUCGGGAAUGCACUCGUUGCGGCGGUCGCAGCGCUGCUACUGCUGCAAGCCUCGUCACGAAUCAAACCAAUAAUAGUAAUAAUAAUAAUAACAACACUGCCAAUGCCCGGGUCACGGCGGCCGCAAAGGCCUGGGACCAGCGUUGGGCCGCGGGUUGCUUUUGUGGCGGCUACUGGGUGCUGCGACGGAAAGGCGGCAGCAGCAGCACUGGAGGAGGAGGAGGAGGAGGAGGAGAAGUGAAUAAUGCGACUAAUCAGCAGCAGCAACAACAACAACAUCAUCAACAACAAGUACAACAACAACAACAAGUACAACAGCAGCAGCAGAUGCAACACCACCAACACCAAGUGCUGCAUCCAGGAUCAGGAAUGGGCCAGCAAUCGAUACCUGCGGCAGGGUCGGCGAUUCCUGGCGGCUCUGGGCCAUCCGUCGCCGGCGUGGCUUCUGCAAUAAUGGCUGCCGGCAAUAAACCGCAGAUGGUUAAACAGUCCGCCUGA